UGUCUCAUUCUUCUAGCUUUUAUUGCUUGUGUCAGACGUCAUUUAGGGUUCUCCCAGCUCAGAUACCUCUGAACUCUGAGCACGGCUUGCAGGAAGCAGGCUGGGCCCCACCUGCACACUGUAGGGAUGGUGGUUUGCUGCGGAUGAGCCCAGUUCUCAACGCGGGGCAGGGAGUGCCCGGCUUGCCGGGGCGGGGGCGUUCGAGGUGCGGGCCCUGUGCUGGGCACCUGGGACUCGGCUGCUGUGCUCUGCCCCGAGAGCCCAGCGCUGCCACAGCCGCGCUGUUCUGAGGAGCCCAAAGCCCGGGCUGCAAACAACCACCCGCUGGGGGGAUGCGUACGAGGUCGCCUUCCCCGGAGGCACUGGGGGGUCGCAUCUGCACGGUGGGCGGCCAGCGGGCAGGUGGAGAAGCGGGGCUGGGGCGUGAGGGCUGAGCCCCGACCGCUGCAGCCCAGGGUGCUGCCCCCGGCGUCGCCGCAACCCCGGAAGCUCUCUGGGCGUCCGGCAGGGCACGGGUGCGGAGGGAGAGGCUGUUCCUGCCCUACCCUUGCCCACCCCGUCCCCGUCCUGCGGCGGAGUCGGGCGCGGCCGGGUGAGUCAGCGCCAUGCCGGGGUGGGGCGCCGGGGCGGGCAGGGCCGGCCCGGCCUUACAAAACCCCACCCGGGCUGCCGCGGGCCCCAGCUGCUGCCAGAGCCGUCCAAGUCGCCGCCAGAGCCGCCCAGCCCGCCCCAGCCAGCAUUCUUUCAAGAUGUCCACUGUUCAUGAAAUUUUAAGCAAGCUCAGCCUUGAAGGAGAUCAUUCUCUCCCUCCAAGUGCCUAUGCCACAGUGAAGGCCUACUCAAACUUCGACGCUGACCGGGACGCUGCAGCCCUCGAAACGGCCAUCAAGACCAAAGGUGUGGAUGAGGUCACCAUCAUCAACAUCCUGACAAACCGCAGCAAUGAACAGAGGCAGGACAUUGCUUUUGCCUAUCAGAGGAGAACCAAAAAGGAACUUUCUGCAGCACUCAAGUCUGCUCUCUCAGGUCAUUUGGAGGCAGUGAUCUUGGGCUUGCUGAAGACACCAGCACAGUAUGAUGCCUCUGAAUUGAAAGCUGCCAUGAAGGGGCUGGGAACUGAUGAAGACACACUCAUUGAAAUCAUCUGCUCCCGAACAAACCAGGAGCUCUGUGAAAUCAACAGAGUUUACAGGGAAAUGUACAAGACAGAACUGGAAAAGGACAUCAUAUCAGACACAUCUGGUGACUUCCGCAAGCUAAUGGUUGCCCUGGCCAAGGGCAAAAGGUGUGAAGAUACCUCUGUGAUUGAUUAUGAGCUGAUUGACCAAGAUGCCAGGGACCUUUACGAUGCUGGUGUGAAGAGAAAGGGAACUGAUGUCCCCAAGUGGAUCAACAUUAUGACUGAAAGAAGUGUUCCCCACCUGCAGAAAGUGUUUGACAGGUACAAGAGCUACAGCCCAUAUGAUAUGUUGGAGAGCAUCAAGAAGGAGGUUAAGGGAGAUUUGGAGAAUGCCUUUCUUAAUCUUGUCCAGUGCAUUCAGAACAAACAGCUGUAUUUUGCAGACAGACUGUAUGAUUCCAUGAAGGGCAAGGGAACCCGGGACAAGGUCCUGAUCAGGAUUAUGGUAUCCCGCUGUGAGGUUGACAUGCUGAAAAUCAAGAGUGAAUUCAAGAGGAAGUAUGGAAAAUCUCUCUAUUAUUUCAUCCAGGCAAACACAAAAGGGGAUUACCAGAGGGCACUGCUGAACCUGUGUGGUGGAGAGGACUGAAAACUGUGAUGGAAGAAACCCAAGUCCAAAGAAAUGCCUUUUUUGUUCUUCAUUUUACUGUAAUCCUAGAAAACCUGAAUUUCUUAGCUACCCUUGACUUGCACUUUCCCUGCCAGAGCCCUGCUGCAGUUUGCUCCCCUGUGCUGUGCAUGCCCCUCUUGGCAGCUGUGCUUGGCUCUGCCAAAGGUCCUAGCAGUGUAUAGCCAGAGACACUAACCCUCCAGGGAGAAAUGGGCUCACAUGUGCUUGUGAAAAGCUCUGCCUCUCUGUGCAAUGUUUCUAAUAAAACAAAUAAAAAUGACGUUUUACUUUAA